CUGGAGUGCUUACUUGGUUUGACAUAAAAACUAAAAAUAUACUUUAUCUCUAUGGCUUAAAGUUUAUUUUUAAAUAGCAAAAGAUGUUAGGAAAAACGGUCUGAAAAGAGAAUGAUUAUUAAGUGGUGGUGUCCCUCUCGCACAUUUUACAAACAAAAAGCAGUGUAGCUAGCUUAGAGGAUUUUCCACGAAUUCUCGUAAUUUGGACCCCUGUCUUAGUUAUCAAAAAUGGCUUUUAAUGGUUAGUGGAUUUUUUAGUAGCUUGGGCGUUGUUGAAAAUUAUCGAAAAGGUUAAAAUCAAUCUACUUUACAGGAUUAUAAACAUUUUAUGACUUAACUAGAAAAUUUUGCGACAAUUUAGAAUUUCCAUCAACGUCAAAAAUUAAAUUGGUUCAAAAGAAACGUACAAAGUUAUGGUGAAAUUAGUUUCUAAUGAUGACAAUUUAUUAAAAUAAAUUAUAUAAGAAGUAUUGAUUAUAUGAUAUAUGUUGAUUUUUAAUAGAGCAUCAUAUAUUAAUAAAGCUCAUUAACAAAAUAAUUAUUGUUCUAUAAUAAUAAGAAAUCUGUUUAAUGGAAAAUUUCAUGGUAGGUACGUAGAUUUCUGAUGGUUUACAUGUUGAAUUUGGUGGGAAGCCAGAUUAAUUGUUGGCAUCACCGAAAAAGAGCUAUGAAUGGAUAUAAGAAAAAUGGCGUCUAUUUACGUUUGUAGUUCGAAGUUAAAAGGGCACUGAUACAGCUUGUGGCUUGUUUUUUUCGAAAAUCGUGAAAGUUUCCGUGUAAUCAUGGUGAACACUUGUAUUGUAAGUGGUUGUAAGCGAGAAUCAUCUCCAGUUUGUGGAAUAUCCUUCCAUAUGUCACAUUCAUUGAUAAAUUUUUACUAGUGGAAUUAAUACAAUGAGUGACGAAAAGGUGAAACUUAUUAGUGAUGAAGUACCACAAAAAUUUAUGGAAUGGUUACUGGCUAUGGGGUGUCCUCAAGACAAAGUUCCGCGUUUGGAUAAUGCGAAACAAAUGUGCCGUGGCCAAUAUUAUAUUGUAUGGCGCAGUCUAAUGGAAGAAGUUGAAUCGAAGAAUGUUAUCAAAUUUAAAAAACAGCUGGUCUUUAUAGAUGACAUUAAAAAAUGCAAAAAGACUUUUGAAUAUAAAAAGAAUAACAAUGACACAGUACCAGAAGAACUCUCCGUGUGGAAGGAAUAUGAAAACCUCAAGAAAAGAUUGCAAGAAGCAGAAUCCAAUUUGAAACAAAAUAAACAGGAGCUUCAUCUUCUGAUUGAGAAAGUCUCAACUAAAUUGACUCAACGAAAAGAGUCUCAGUGUCAUGUCCAGGAUGCAGAAAGGAGGGUCCUGUUACUGCAAAAAGUUUCCGAACAACUACAAAGUAAGAAAACAGACUUGCAAGAGACCAUGAACAUAGCAAAAUCGUUAUCAUACAUUGAAAGGACUGAGGAAAAUGAGGAUAAUUUGGAUAAAUGCAUUACACUAAUGCGUCGCUCCAACACACGGCAGGCAGCACUGUCACAUUCUUCAGUGACAAGUGUCAACAACGCCACUGGGUCUACGACCAUCUCUAACAAUUCUAGUACAGAAAAUGAAUAUGAAGAGUGCAUGUGGUCGCUGGUCCGCUGUCGCGGCGCGUCGCUGUGGCCGCGCGUGGUGCGGCGCCGGGCCGCGCUGUGCGUGCCGCCGCGCCCCCCCGCGCUGCACACCCCCGCACCGCCCCUACACAGGCCUACGGCGAAGUCAAUCGUAGCGCACACAGCGGCCCUGCACUGCUCCGUAGCGUUGGAAGCGAUGAAGAACAAGGCGCUGAUAGCUCAGGCGCAGCUGAGACUCGCUGCUGCUGUCAACAAUCUUAAUACGUACCUGACCGGUGACUCGUGCGAGUAUCUCGUGCGGGAAUGCGAAAGGACUCGAACGCAGACACGAGUCGAAUCUUUGAAAAUCCUGCUCGAAGAGCUGAAGGCGCGGGCGGGACCCUUCGCGGCCGUCGGCAAACUGACCGCAGACAAGCACGCCACGCGGCGACUGAUUGCCAACGUCGAUAAAAGCAUUAUAACAAAGAAAGAUGAGUUGAAACGCGCGCUAUCGUCGCUGAAUGUGACCGAUCGGAAGAUAGCCAACGUGAGGGAGUGCCUCACAGCGGUGUUCGGCUGUCUGCAGAGACGAGGCUGCAGCGGCCGCAUGGACAGGUACAAGGCUCAUAUAUCGCUACCACAAGAAUCGAUAGAGCAACUACAAAAGUUUUACGAUGAGAAACGCUCGUCUAGGAAGAUGAAGUUACAACUGAGCUUCGAUCUAGACGCUUCUACGAGUGACUCGUUCAAUGACCGCGCAGAGAACGGAACCCCGACAUUCGCGGACGAACUGAAAAUCUAUUUAGAGAGUUUUCAUAUGGACAAAAACCGGAAACUGGUCUUGGAAAACGGCGAAAAGCUGUGGAUCUUCGAGACGGUAGAGUCGUCGGUGCGUCGCUGGAGCCCGCCCGGCGCCGCCCCGCGCGCACUCGCCGCCCGCGCGCGCUACCGGCGACAUCUACACCAGCUACUGAAACAAGGAAACGCUAAUUGCGUUCAUUUGAAUAUCGAUAUCGAUAUAACAUCUCAAGUCGAGGAGCAGAAGGAGACAUCAGACAAAAUAAAGAAAAGAUUGAAUGACUGUUUAUUGAGUUUGAUGAAAAUCGAUCGCGUCCUAGAUUUGGGCGUAGAAAAUUUGGAGUUCUGGCAGAAGAAUAAUCUUAGCGGUUACAUAAGCGAGAAGAGAACGGUCGAAGGGAAAACCUACAGUGAUUACGAGAAACAUUAUAAGGAUUGUUUAAAUUUAUAUAAGUUAUAAAUAAAUAAGAUUUA